AUGGAACAAUGUACAGACUUUAAUGAAAAUAUAGUGGGUGCUUUCCAGUUGCAAUAUCUUCACUUCUACUAUAAUAUAUGCUACUAUAAGUGGGUAUUCCCAGACACUGUCUUGGAGCAACGUCAAACAAGUGCCUUCAUGUCACCCAAAAUGGGACCAUCUCACGAGAAUAUGUUGGUGUGCGUGAGUGUUGUCUUUCAAUGGCUUUGGUCCGUGCUGUUCUCCUGCCCUGAGUGGGAGCUAUGCUGUAAUCUCUCUCUAACAUUGGUUUCUCUCCCUCCCCUCUCCCUUCCCCUUCUGCAGACAUGCCUGGAGUUGGAGCGAUACCUUCAGACUGAACCACGGAAGAUCUCUGAGACAUUUGGUGAGGAUUUGGACUGCUUCCUUCAUGCCUCCUCAGCCCCAGAUGCAGAGGACAGUAUCCGACGGCUGGACCCCAUCCUUUUACCAGUGGAAACAAGUACGUGUGACAAAAGCGCCAACAUGGACAUUAUCCUCUCACGUGACAAACUGCUGUCUGAGACGUGCCUCAGCUCACAGUCCACCAGCUCUUCCACAGAAGGCUACACAGCCGUCAACCAGGCCCAACUCAAUGCAGUAACCUCAUUAACUCCCCCUUCCUCUCCGGAGCUCAGCCGCCACCUUGUAAAAACCUCACAGACUCUCUCAGCUGUGGAUGGCACAGUGACAUUGAAAUUGGUGGCCAAGAAAACUUCACUCAGCUCUGUGAAAGUGGGUGUAGCAGCAGCGACUGCGGGGACGAUAAAAAAUGGGCAAAGUGACAGUGAACAAGGAGGUACAGGGACAGAAGCAUCCCCAGAAAACAAGAAGAGGGUUCAUCGCUGUCAAUUUAAUGGGUGCCGGAAAGUUUAUACAAAGAGCUCCCACUUAAAGGCUCACCAGAGGACUCAUACAG